CUGCCUCAAAGCCAAAGUAGCAGUCUGCAUUUCCAGAUUCAGCUAGGAAGACCUCAGUCCUUAUACUCUGUGGAGCCACUCUUGCAGUUUGUUGAUUCUUACGGAACUGCACAAGAGGUAAAGAUCAUCUGAAGAACAAACAGUAUUUUAUGCUGGAUCCGAUUAAAGACGAAAAAAGAGACAAUACGAUACCCGAAGAUGACUCCAACAGUGGUUCACCAGUCCCUCGCGGGCACAGGCAGCGUGGCUGGGAUAUUCUUUGAAUUGUCAAAGGAGAAAAUGACAAUUUAUCAAGCCCUGAAAAAGCGCCUACUGAAACAAGGAACAAGCUUAGCACUGCUGGAAGCUCAAGCAGCCACUGGUGGAAUCAUUGAUCCCAUACAUAAUCAAAGGUUUUCUGUUCAAGAUGCUGUGAAUGCAGGUCUGGUGGGUCCUGAAAUGAAAGAAAAACUACUUGCCGCCGAAAGGGGAGUAACUGGUUACACAGAUCCAUAUACUAACCAAAAAAUCUCCAUCUUCCAAGCCUUACAAAAAGACCUCAUUCCAAAAGAUUAUGGAAUCAGGCUGAUUGAAGCCCAGUUAGCAACAGGGGGCAUUAUUGAUCCCAUUGAAGGACACAAAAUUCCUCUGGAGGCUGCUUGUCAACUUGGAUACUUUGAAAAGGAGAUACUUGCUGACCAGCUGAAUGAGAAUAAGGUGUAUUUUGAUCCUCACUCACAAGAAAAUCUUACAUAUCAGCAACUAGUAGAUAAAUGCAUGGUAGAUCCUGACACUAGCUUGCUCCUUUUGCCUGUUAGUAUUACAUUUAAAGGCCUGAGAAAAGGGGUGAGUUCUGCAGACCUUCUGGCAUCUAAAAUCAUAGAUAAAAAGAUGUUUGAAGACUUACAGCAAGGUAAAGUGACUGUAGAGGAAGUCAUGCUCGAGGAAACAGUGAAGGGCUAUCUCCAGGGCACAGGAAGUAUUGCUGGGGUAAUAGUUUUGUCAUCUAAUAGAAAAAUGAGCAUAUAUCAAGCCAUGAAAGAGGGCAUACUCAUGCCAGGAACAGCACUGAAUCUUCUAGAGGCACAAGCUGCCACUGGAUUUAUGAUUGAUCCUGUGAAGAACAAAACAUUCACAGUAGACGAAGCAGUAAGAAACCAACUUAUAGGACCACAGUUUCAUGCAAAAUUACUUUCAGCAGAAAGGGCUGUUAAUGGUUAUAAGGACCCUUAUACAGGUAAAACAAUCUCUUUAUUUGAGGCAAUGGCAAAGGAUCUCAUUGUUAAAGACCAUGGUAUUCGUCUGCUAGAAGCUCAGAUUGCCACUGGUGGCAUAAUUGACCCAAUACACAGUCACCGAUUGCCAGUUGAUGUAGCCUAUCAGCGAGGUUAUUUUGAUGAAGUUAUGAAUGGCAUCCUGAAAGAUUCAGGUGAUGACACCAAAGGCUUUUUUGACCCUAACACAAAAGAAAACCUGACUUAUUUGCAGCUGAUGGAUCGCUGCAUGAUUGACCUGGCCACAGGGCUUUGUCUACUCCCACUUCAAAAACAGACUGGAUCAGAAAGCUACUGCUUUGUUGACUAUAACAUUAAAACAACUCUCAAAGAGGUGAAAGUAACAUUAAAUUGUGGAAAAUUUAUGGGAAAGACAGUCUCAAUCUGGGAAUUGUUGAUGUCGGACUAUUUUGAUGAACAACAAAGGCAGAACAUAAUUCAAAAAUAUAGGGAGGGCAGCCUUACUAUCAAAUCAAUUAUUACAAAGGUCACUGAGGCUAUUGAAUAUUCAGUGCAAACGUCAAAGGCUGUCUUUGAAGGGAUUCGGGAAACAGUUACUGCCCAGCAACUUCUAGAGUCAGAAAUUAUUACCGAGAAUAUUUUUGACCAACUGAAGCAAGGUAAAAAGACAGCUGAAGAUGUUACUGAGGACGAAGUGGUGAAAACAUACCUGCAUGGGACAGGAAGCAUUGCUGGUGUUGUUCUCUCUGACUCUCGCCAAGUAAUGACUAUCUAUGAAGCUGGAAGAAAAGGAAAACUCAUGCCUGGAACAGCACUGAUUCUUUUAGAGGCUCAAGCUGCCAGCGGGUUUAUUAUAGAUCCAAUUGCGAAUGUCAAGUACUCUGUUGAUGAAGCUGCAAAAGCCAAGAUUAUAGGGCCAGACGUUCAUGCCAAGUUAUGUUCAGCUGAAAGAGCAGUAACUGGCUAUAAGGAUCCUUACAAUGGUAACAAAAUUUCUCUCUUUCAAGCCAUGAAGAAAGACCUUAUUGUGAAAGAUCAUGGAAUUCGUUUGCUAGAAGCACAGAUUGCAACCGGAGGCAUAAUCGAUCCUGUAAACAGUCUACGCAUUCCUGUUCAUGUAGCUUACAAACGGGGCUAUUUUGAUGAAGAGAUGAAUCAGAUUCUUUGUGAUCCAACUGAUGACACUAAAGGUUUCUUUGACCCCAACACCCAGGAGAACCUCACGUACAUGCAGCUCAAAGAAAGAUGUAUUAUUGACUCCAGCACAGGUCUUUGCCUUUUACCUCUCAAAGAUAAAAGCAAGAGAUUCAACAUGGAUAAGCAGAUAAAAGAUACAUUUCUGGCCAAGACUGUACUUGUCAAAUAUGGCAGAUUUAGUGGCAAGUCUGUUACUGUUUGGGACCUUAUCAAUUCUGAAUACUUGUGUGAAGAAAAACGAAGAGAACUUUUCAAAUUGUACAAGACCAAGAAAAUUACAAUAGAAGAAAUAAUUACAACCAUCCUGACCAUCAUUGAAAGGACAGAGCUCAAACAUCAAAGCAACCUUACGUUUGAAGGUCUUAGAGGUGAAAUCUCGGUUGUUGAUCUUGUGGAGUCAAAAAUAAUAACUAAAAAUAUAUAUGAUGAAUUGAUCAAGGGAAACCUGACAAAAGAAGAAGUUAUGCUGAUGGACACAGUAAGAACAUAUUUAAAAGGCAGUAGCAGUGUGGCUGGGAUAGUGCUUCAGUCUUCCAAUCAAAAAUUGAGCAUCUACCAAGCUAAAAAAAAAGGUCUUCUGACACCAGGCACAGCUCUUUGUCUUUUGGAAGCACAGGCCGCUACAGGUUUUAUAAUUGAUCCACUUCAGGACCGACGCCUAACAGUGGAUGAGGCUGUGAGAGAAAAAGUCAUUGGGCCUGAACUAUAUGAGAAGCUUCUGUCUGCGGAGAAAGCAGUGACUGGUUAUGUUGAUCCCUACACAGGCAAAAAAAUCUCACUGUUUCAAGCAAUGCAGAAAGACCUCAUUUUGAAACAGCAUGGCAUUCGUUUACUUGAAGCCCAAAUUGCCACUGGUGGCAUUAUUGAUCCUUUGAAAAGCCUCCAUCUGCCUCUUGAUAUUGCUUUCUCACUGGGAUAUUUUGAUGAAGAGAUAAACCAGAUACUUUUAGACCCCAGUGAUGACACGAAAGGGUUUUUUGACCCCAACACACGAGAAAACCUAACCUAUGCACAAAUAAUAAAGAGGUGCAUCAAAGAUCCCCAAACAGGCCAUCUUCUUCUACCAAUUACAGAAAAAAUCAAAACAAAGGAAGCUACAGUGCAAUCAAGGACUGAUCAAGAAAUAAAGGAUGAAUUUCUGAAGAAUACAGUUAAUGUUUCAACUGGAAGCUACUCUGGGCAAACUGUGACUCUAUGGGAGCUGAUUCAGUCUGGAUACUUUAAUGAAGAUCAAAGACAAGAUUUGAUUGAGAAAUACAGCUCACAGAGGAUUACCAUUCAAGAAAUCAUCACUGUAAUUACUACAACUAUUACAGAAGUGGAAAGGAAAAAAAUGUCUCAACAGACACUGCAAGGACUGAGAAAAAAGGUCUCUCUUUUACAGUUAAGGGAGGCAAGUGUUAUUGAUGAAGAAACUAUCAAAGAUUUUGAACUAGGUCAGAAGACUAUAACAGAAGUGGCUGAACAGGAAUCUGUGAAACAAUACUUACAAGGGACAGGAAGUGUUGCAGGUGUUCUCCUAGAACCUACUAAAGAAAUUAUCAGUAUUUAUCAAGCAAAGGCUAAAGGCCUUCUAAUGCCUGGUACUGCUCUGGUACUUCUUGAGGCACAAGCAGCCACAGGAUUUAUUAUUGAUCCAAUAAAAAACAAAUAUCUUUCUGUAGAUGAGGCAGUGAAAGAAAGAGUCGUAGGUCCAGAGCUUCACGAACCCUUACUCUCAGCUGAACGUGCAGUGACUGGAUAUACAGAUCCAUGCACGGGUGAGACACUAUCCCUGUUUCAAGCCAUGAAGAAAGGAUACAUUAUGAAAGGCCAUGGAAUCCGUCUUCUUGAAGCACAAAUUGCCACAGGUGGAAUUAUUGAUCCAAUUAACAGCCAUCGCAUACCUGUCAGAGCUGCCUACAAACGAGGAUAUUUUGAUGAAGAAAUUAAAUCAAUUUUAUCUGAUCCCAGUGAUGACACAAGGGGCUUUUUGGAUCCAAACACUAAAGAAAAUCUUACCUACCUUCAGCUGAAAGCAAAAUGUGUAAAGAAUUCCGCCACAGGCUUGCUGCUUCUUCCUCUACAAGAAAGAGGAAGUUCAUUCCAUACAGAUGAGGAAACAGAAAAUGAACUAAAAAAAGUGACUGUAAAUAUAAAUUCGGGGAAGUAUAAAGGCAAGACAUUAACGGUGUGGGAAAUUCUUUGUUCUGAAUACAUUACACAGGAAAAAAGAAAACAGCUGGUUGACCAGUAUAAGGCAAGAACUUUAACAAUAGAAAGAAUUAAAGAAAUUAUAACAGUGAUUAUAGAAGAGACAAUCACUGAAAAAACUAUGUUUAAAGGUUUGAGGAAGAGAGUCUCUGCCAGUCAACUGUGGGAGUCUAAUAUUAUAACAAAAGACAUGUUUGAAAAAUUAAUUCAUGGAGAAGUCAAACCAGAUGAAGUUACCAAAAUAAAAUCAAUACAGAAAUAUCUGGAAGGCACUAACAGCAUUGCAGGGGUAAAGAUUCAAUCUACAAAUCAAAAAAUGAGCAUCUACCAAGCAAGGUCAAAGGGGAUUCUGACUCCCGGUACAGCUCUGGUCCUGCUGGAGGCCCAGGCUGCCACUGGAUUUGUCAUCGACCCGGUGAAGAACAAGAAGAUGUCUGUAGAACAGGCAGUGGCUGAAGGGCUGGUGGGAGCAGAACUGAAAACUAAACUUCUCUCCGCUGAAAAGGCAGUCACCGGCUACACUGACCCCUACACAGGGGACACCAUCUCGUUGUUCCAGGCCCUGAAGAAAGACCUGAUUGUGAAGGAUCACGGCAUUCGCCUGCUGGAAGCCCAGAUUGCCACCGGGGGCAUCAUCGAUCCAGUAAAUAGCCACCGUCUGCCCGUGGAGGUGGCUUACCAGCGAGGAUACUUUGACGAGGAGAUGAAUCGCAUCCUCUCAGAUCCUGACGACGACACCAAAGGGUUUUUUGACCCAAACACCAAAGAGAACCUCACCUACCUACAGCUGGUGGAGAGAAGUGUAAAGGACUCCGAAACUGGGCUCUGCCUCCUUCGUUUGAACAAAUAAGUUUAAAAGGAUCAUUUGUAAUCUUGCAUGCAUAAAAAGUUCAUACAAUGCCCAGUUUUUCAUCAACUUCCUGGAUUUCAGUUUUCAUUUUGCUUUGGGGGUUAAAUUUGUUUGGUUUCUAUGAAAGGCAUUAUUUGAACAGCUACCAAAUAGAUAAUACAUUAUGAACCCUUACAUUAUCAUUUUAACACUAGAGCAUCCGUGAUAUGUACCUUUUUGGAAACAGUCAUCUGAACGUAACAUUACAAAUGCAACACAUCUGUGUAAAUAUAUUAAGAAAAAAAUCCUUGUUAAAUCUUACAUGGAUGUCUUCACUUGGAAUCCUAUUCACUUCUACAAAGCAAUGUUAAUCACUCUAGUUUUCCUUCUACUAAGAUUACUCUUAUUUCUUAAUGUAGAUGUAAAAUAUGUAUAGGACUUGAGCUGUCGCCAGCUUCAUGUUUUUGCUGGCUUGACAGUACAUCUGUUUCAGUUCAAUAAAUUGAGAAGAAUAAAAUAAAACACAAUAUUAAUCAA